AUGUCAGCACCAGAAGGACCAUCAAAAUGCACUUGGACUCCAAAUACCACUGAAAACACUCCACAUACCACCAGAAGAACUCCAAAGAAAUUAAUUAUGGAUAAUAUUCUUGAUAAUAUUGGUGGAACACCAUUAGUUAGAGUUAAUAAAGUUUCAUCAGAUUUAGAAUGUGAAUUAGUUGCAAAAUGUGAAUUUUUCAAUGCAGGUGGUUCAGUUAAGGAUCGUAUUGGUCAUCGUAUGAUUGUUGAUGCAGAAGAGAGUGGUAGAAUUAAGAAAGGAGAUACAUUAAUUGAACCAACCUCUGGUAACACUGGUAUUGGUUUAGCAUUGACAGCAGCCAUCAAAGGUUACAAAAUGAUCAUUACACUCCCAGAGAAAAUGUCACAAGAGAAAGUUGAUGUCUUGAAAGCAUUGGGAGCAGAGAUCAUUCGUACACCAACUGAAGCAGCAUUUGAUGCACCAGAGUCACAUAUUGGUGUUGCAAAGAAAUUAAAUUCAGAGAUUCCAAAUUCCCACAUUUUAGAUCAAUACGGUAACCCAUCCAAUCCAUUGGCCCAUUACGAUGGUACCGCCGAAGAACUCCUCGAACAAUGUGAGGGUAAGAUUGAUAUGAUCGUUUGCACAGCCGGUACCGGUGGUACAAUCACUGGUAUUGCCAGAAAGAUCAAAGAAAGACUUCCAAACUGUAUCGUCGUUGGUGUCGAUCCACAUGGUUCAAUUCUCGCUCAACCAGAAUCACUCAACAAUACCAACAAGAGUUACAAAAUCGAAGGUAUCGGUUACGAUUUCAUUCCAAACGUUCUCGAACGUAAAUUAGUCGAUCAAUGGAUCAAAACCGACGAUAAGGAAUCUUUCAUCAUGGCUCGUCGUCUCAUUAAAGAAGAAGGUCUCCUUUGCGGUGGUAGUUCAGGUUCCGCUAUGGUUGGUGCACUCCUAGCCGCCAAACAAUUGAAAAAAGGUCAACGUUGUGUUGUCUUAUUAGCCGAUUCCAUUAGAAACUAUAUGACCAAACAUUUAAAUGAUGAUUGGUUAGUCGACAAUGGUUUCGUUGAUCCAGAAUACAAAACUAAAGAUCAACAAGAAGAAGAGAAAUAUCAUGGUGCCACCGUCAAAGAUUUAACACUCCCAAAACCAAUCACCAUCUCUGCCACCACCACUUGUGCUGCCGCAGUUCAACUCCUCCAACAAUAUGGUUUCGAUCAAUUACCAGUCGUUAGUGAAUCAAAAAAAGUUUUAGGUCAACUCACUCUUGGUAACUUACUCUCACAUAUUGCCUCUAAAAAAGCUGUCCCAACUGAUGCUGUCAGUAAAGUUAUGUUCCGUUUCACUAAAAAUGAAAAAUAUAUUCCAAUCACUCAAUCAACUUCUUUAGCUACUCUUAGCAAAUUUUUCGAAAAUCAUAGCAGUGCUAUCGUAACUGAAAAUGAUGAAAUCAUUUCAAUUGUAACUAAAAUUGAUUUAUUAACUUAUUUAAUGAAAUCUCAACAAAAAAAUUAA